UCUAACAGACAACGAAGCCUUCGCCGACCUCCCGAAGCUCUAGGGUUCUUCGUCCUUGAAAUCGAUCUCUUCGUAGAUUUCGGUGGGUCGGAUCUAGGAUUAGGGCUCACGGCGAUCCAGAUCGCGCGAGGAGAAACAGAUGAAGCUAAGGAUCAACAAAGCCUGCGAUCUGGGCUCCAUCUCUGUUCUUCCUCCGAGGAGAUCGGGCGGAAUGAGCUCUGGAGGCGAUGGACUGGGGAGGAGACAGGCGUCUCAGAUCCGUUCCCAAUCGCAGCAGUCGUUCUCCCAGGGCAUCUCUCUGUCGCAGCUCUCCCAGAGCUCGUUUGAGGAGCCUCUGGUCAACGAUCAGAGAUUUGGUUCUCAAGAAAAAGAUAACUCAUUAAGAAAGAUCUCGUCAUUGGCACCGAUCGCAUUAACAAGAGAAGAAUCUCAGCUACAGCUCACAAGAGCAUCUAGCAAUGUUAUGCACCGAUGGAAUGCAGCCUCGAUGUCAGAUAAUAGAUUUCAGGUCAGUGAAGAACUUGAACACAAACUUCGACACAUUGAAAGCUCAAUCAAUAGAGUUGGAAUGAUCCUGGAUUCUGUUCAAAGUGAUGUUAUGCAAGUAAACAGAGCGGCAAAAGAAUUAUCAUUAGAAGUGGAAGGGAUAAGGCAAAAAGUAAGUCUUCUUGAAAACUCCAUGCAACAAAUGGUGAAGUGGGAAGAUGAUAUCAAAGCUUUUCUUGGUGGAAGCCUCACUUCCAUUUCUGAUCAGCUGAUCAAAAUCUCCAGUUCUGGCAAAGUAAAUGAGAUUGCCUCAGCAGUUGCAACUUUGCAAGAGCAGAUGUUUUCACGUUUAGCACGACUCGAGUGUGAAGUUUGUAGGUUUUUUUCUGAAAAGGAGGUAAGGGAAAGUGGCAUUAAGUCCUCUAAUAACCAACAUUCAGUUAAAUUCCAGUCACCUAUGAGCGGAAAUUAUAUGGAUAUAAAAGAGUCUCUGGAGGGCAAUAUAGAAGAAAAAAAAGUUUCUGCUGCACCACUGAUGAGCAACAAGCAAAGGUCUCCACCUUUUAAGAAAGAAGGAAAGCUAGAGUCAUUUAAAUCAAAGCUGACUGAACCAACGCAUACUGUGAAACACAAACACAUAAUUCCUCAUACAAAGCAGGAAGAAUUUGUUAGAGUAAUCGUUGAUUUAGAUGAAGACAGUGAUGGAGGCAUCUCAUGCCUUAUAGUGAACAAAGGAACAGGGAAGAAGAGUAGCUUUAUGGAGGAAGUUCAGGAAGACACUCUGCGAAUUCUAAGAAAAGCAAGGAUGAAAAAAAGAAGACAGAUGAAUUCAAUAACUGUUGUUUAAGGUGAGACACCAUGUGCUUGUCCUUUGGUAAACCACCAGCCAUAUUAAGAGUAUUAUGAUGCUUUCACUGUUGGUUACACAAGUAAAAUCGUCUGUUUCAGUUGCCAUACAACCAAAAAAAGAUCAAUUAGUACAGUCACUUCUCUUAUCUAGCUCAAAUCUUAUCAGAGCAUUCCUGCCAG